CACCCGGACCGCUUCAACUGGUGAGAUCAAGCCGCCUCGAUCUCCACUAUCUUGACCCCUCUUGACCAUCGACCACGACCCUCAUCAUCAUCACCGUCCUUUCUCGGCAAACAUAAUAGACUUCCCUUUUGGCCCCCUGAAGGGCACCUUUUGCAUCCCCGUCCUGCUCAAGCCGCACACACAGCACAGCAAUCAUGCCAUCCCGGUCAGACAUCAGUGAUAUUGAAGACGGAGACGACGCCGAGUUCACCAUGGACGAGGACAGCGACCCAUCCGAGCUCGAAGCCGCCCUCUAUGACGACGAUGACGACGAGGUCUUCGACGCAGAUGACCUGGACGCCGUCGCUGGGGAGGACGACGAUGAAGACGGUGAAGUUGACAUCGGCGGUGUCGGCGGCAUCGACGACGACGAUGCCUUCACGCACGACAUUGCCGGCAAAAAUAGACUCAAGAACUACGAAGUCGAGUACACUUGCCUUUCCAUCGAGGGACUUCAACAGCAGCAGAAGAAAGACGUCGACCAUAUCGCGUCCAUGUUCGAGAUCAAGGACACAGAUGCAGCCAUCUUGCUUCGUCAUUUGAACUGGAACAAAGAGCGACUCAUCGAGAAGUACAUGGACAAUGAAGCCUCACUCAAGGUGCAGGCGGGCGUGCUCGAUGACCAUCCCAAGAGGCCCAAGAUUCACAAGCGCAAGGACUUUACAUGCUCAGUCUGCUUCCUUUCGGCGGAAGAUGAGGACGGUGGCGAGAUGGAGACUUUGGCGCUCGGUUGCGACCAUCGAUUCUGCAAGGACUGCUAUCAGCACUACGUCGAGCAGAAGAUCAGGGAGGAGGGCGAGAGUAGGAGAGUGCAAUGUAUGCAAGAGAAGUGCAAGCUCGUCAUCGAUGAGAAGACGAUACAGCUGCUUGUCAGUUCGCCAAUCUACGAGAGGUACAUGACCCUCCUCAACCGCACCUACGUCGACGAUUCGUCGGUUCUGCGAUGGUGUCCAGCCCCCAAUUGCGAAAAUGCGGUCGAAUGCCAUAUCUCGCACAAGAAGUUCAAGACCAUCGUCCCCUCGGUACGCUGCUCCUGCGGCCAUGCCUUCUGCUUCGGCUGUUCGGAGCAAGCUCAUGGCCCCGCCGUCUGCCCUCUUGUCAAAGAGUGGCUCAAGAAAUGCAAAGACGACUCAGAGACGGCCAAUUGGAUCUCGGCGAAUACCAAAGAAUGCCCAAAGUGCAACAGUACUAUUGAGAAGAACGGCGGAUGCAACCACAUGACAUGCCGCAAGUGCCGAUACGAAUGGUGCUGGAUCUGCGCAGGACCCUGGAGCGAUCACGGGAACAGCUGGUACAACUGCAAUCGCUACGACGAGAAGGCUGGCGUGAACGCUCGUGACGCUCAGGCCAAGAGUCGAGCUCAACUGGAGCGCUAUCUGCACUUCUUCAACCGCUUCGCCAACCACGAGCAGAGUGCGAGGCUAGAUCGGGACUUGUAUUCACGCACAGAGAAGAAGAUGGAGCGCAUGCAGCAGACCUCGGACUUGACCUGGAUCGAGGUCCAAUUCCUGAAAAAGGCAGUAGACACCGUCACCGAGUGCAGGAUGACCCUCAAAUGGACGUACUGCAUGGCCUACUACCUCGAGCGCAACAACAUGACAGACCUGUUCGAGGACAACCAGCGCGACCUCGAGCGGGCGGUGGAGGAGCUGAGCGAGCAGCUCGAGAGCGAGAUUGAUCCUACUACGAUCACGACGCUCAGGCAGAAGGUGACUGAUCUUACAGUGUACGUGGCUAGAAGGAGGGAGAUCAUGCUGAGUGAUACGGCGCAGGGCUUUGAGGAGGGGAGGUGGGAGUUCAAUGUGGGCUUGGGCCUGUAGACGUCCGGCGAUGAGGAUCAAGCAUUAGCGCAACCAGCGCCAGCGGCAGCAAGCCGGGUGCAUCGCCCAUCUCUAGCACUGCCAGGAUCGCGCCUUCCCACCAACCACUAGCAUUGCAGCAUCAUCCCCUCUCCUCAUUCGCCCAAACAGCGAUCGUCCUCUCUCGGGGGCUACACAACCCAGCACGGCCCUUCGGUCAAGCACUCCUCGUCUCACACGUCUUGUCUCAUCACUCUCUUCUCGCAUCUUACACAAAUCAUACCCAUCAACGACGUCGAAGCUACUUUACAUUCUCUCCGCUCCUUACCACGCCAACGCAGUCUCCCUACCUUCCGCCUGUCGAAGGAAUGGCACGCGCGAGGCUUUCUCACACCUGUCGUUCAUCAUCUUGUGACUUCAUCAUUGUCUUUGUAUAAUCGAUCUGACUUGUUCGGGCUUUGC